AUGUCGGCAUCACACAAACCCCGCAAGAAGAGGAAGGACAUCCCUCUGACGCGGAGCACCACUAUCACCGACAUUGUUAGUGUCGACUCUGGGAACAACAGCGUGGUUCCCGAGUUUCCUCUUGUGGCAUUUCUGUGGCCUGCUCGGGGCACAACUUCGCAAUGGCUACUGUUGCCGCUAAUCUUGAUGGUUGUCGGCCUCUUCAGAUGGACUGUCGGAUUAUGGGGCCAUUCCGGUGAAGGGAAACCGCCGAUGCAUGGCGAUUUUGAAGCACAACGACACUGGAUGGAAGUCACCAUCAAUCUUCCGGCAUCCAUGUGGUACUUCUUCGACCUCCAAUACUGGGGACUUGACUAUCCGCCCUUAACAGCAUACCACUCUUGGCUCUGUGGAAAGGUGGGGGGCAUGUUCAGCGAUGACUGGUUUGCGCUACACAAGUCACGAGGCCUCGAGGAGCCAUUACUGAAGGUGUUCAUGCGGGCAACUGUUGUUAUUUCGGAGUACCUGGUCUAUAUUCCAGCCGUGAUAAUCUUCCUCAGACACUACAGCCGCAACCAGGGCACCGGAAUCACCUCGAGCAAUAUCGCUCUUGUUGCUAUCCUGAUGCAGCCAGCAUUAAUUUUGAUAGACCACGGCCACUUCCAGUACAACGCCGUGAUGCUUGGCUUUGUGGUUGCGAGCAUCUCCAGUAUGUUUGCCGGACGAUUGCUGUGGUCCUGCGUCUUCUUCGUCGCCGCGCUGGGCUUCAAGCAGAUGGCACUCUAUUAUGCGCCUGUCAUCUUUGCCUUCUUGCUGGGAUCAUGCCUGACUCCUCGGAUUCGACUAGGACGACUACUGUCAAUUGCUGCCAUCACGGCGCUCUCCUUUGCGGUUCUUUUCGCACCUCUGCUUCUACGCUGCCUGUACGAGCUGUACCGGAAUUUGGAUCUACCACCACAGCCCCUACCGCCUGCCCUAGCGGAGCGCGGCAUAUCUUUGGACCUCAAGUCGCCUGUUGGAGUGGUCUUGUUCCAGGUGGCGCAAGCUAUUCACCGCUGCUUUCCAUUCGCCCGGGGUCUUUUCGAAGAUAAGGUUGCCAACUUCUGGUGUGCGUUGAACACCGUUUACAAGCUACGCAAACUCGCGCACCUUGUUCCCUUGGAACGUCUGUCCAUGUUUGCUACACUGGUCUCAAUCCUACCAAGCGCAUUGAUCAUUGGUGCAAGUCCUAAUAAGACACUUCUGCCCUACGCCCUAGCCUCUUCGGCAUGGGGCUUCUUCCUUUUCUCGUUCCAAGUGCACGAAAAGUCCGUGCUAUUACCGCUGUUGCCGAUGACUCUUCUUCUCGGUAGCGCAAAGGGCCUAUCGAAAGAGUAUCGAGCAUGGAUUGGGUGGGCCAACGCGCUUGGGGUGUGGACGAUGUACCCACUCUUGAAGCGCGACGAGCUCAAAACGCCAUAUGUCGUGAUAUCGCUGCUUUGGGCCUACCUCAUGGGCUUGCCCCCAACGUCUGCACUGUGCUACUAUACCCCUGGUCAGGAAAACCUCAUAGGCCGACCUCUGGCGGAUGACGAGCUCCGCACUCCGAUUAAGAUCCUACACUGGCAGUACUACAUCAUCAUGGCCUUUUGGCAUCUACUGGAAGCUUUCGCCGUGCCUCCCGAGGACAAGCCUGACCUUUGGGUGGUGGUGAAUUCCUGUUUUGGCGCAGUCGGGUUUGGUAUCUGCUACCUUUGGUGUACCUGGAAGCUCAUAUGUGAAAGUGGGCUUCUGGAUGACUAUUUUGCUUACCAACAACAGCCUGUCGCAGAUGGUACGCCAGCAAAAGCGAAGGAAAGCAAGAAAGCAAAAUAA